UGAAAGUGUUGGUUGCAGCCCUUAGGUUUCAGAACGCUUUAUCAGCACUUAACAGAUAACCGCCAGCGUUUUCAUCUCCUUGCAUGCGACCCUCAGACCACAGAAACAGCACGGUGGCCAGGAGCAGGCUGAUGCGGUGUUGUGAACUGACUGAAUGGUUCGAAGCAGCGCCGCCCCUCUGUAGCCCGCAGCAGCCUCACGUCAGGCAGCCAGCCGCUCACUCAGGAAAUUCAAACCCAGAUCCUCCACAGCACACAGACACACGCAUCUCUCUGCUCCAAGGUCACCGAGCCGGCAGCCCGAACAGGACACACACACACACACACCUCCAUUCCCCUCUAAGUGAAUAGUCAGUGUUGAGGUGGGCCAGUGAUGGCGCCCCCGGCCACAAGUCCCGCCGCCGUCGUGCCCCCACCAGACGGCGGUUGGGGGUGGGCUGUGGUUUUGGCAUCGUUCAUCUCCAUUGGCUUUUCGUACGCCUUCCCCAAAGCCAUCACAGUCUUCUUCAAAGACAUCCAGAUCAUCUUUGAUGCUUCCUACAGUCAGAUCGCAUGGAUCUCCUCCAUCAUGCUCGCGGUCAUGUACGCCGCAGGUCCCAUCAGCAGCAUUUUGGUGAAUACAUACGGAUGCAGGCCCAUUGUCAUGAUGGGAGGCUGCCUCUGUUGCACGGGCAUGAUCUUAGCUUCCUUCUGUACCAGCGUCGUGCAGCUUUACAUCUGCAUAGGACUUAUCGGUGGACUUGGACUAGCCUUCAACCUGCAGCCAGCGCUGACCAUGAUCGGCAAAUACUUCGAAAAGAAACGUCCCAUUGCUAACGGGCUGGCGAUGGCAGGCAGUCCAGUGUUCCUCAGCACGUUGGCUCCCCUCAACCAGUACCUCUUCAACCAGUUCGGCUGGAGAGGCAGCUUCCUCAUCCUUGGCGGCCUGCUACUGAACUGCUGUGUGGCCGGUUCCCUCAUGAGGCCUCUGGGGCCGCCACCUGGCAAGAUCAAGAAGGACGAAGAAUUAGCUGCCAUUGCUACCACAACAAAGGAGAAGCUCACUUGCUGGCAAACAUUCAAUAAGUACCUGGACCUGUCCCUAUUCAAGCAUCGUGGCUUCCUCAUUUACCUGUCGGGCAACGUCAUCAUGUUCCUUGGCUUCUUUGCGCCGAUUGUCUUCCUUGCGGCCUACGCUAAGGACAUGGGUGUGGAUGAGUAUUCAGCUGCCUUCCUGCUCUCAAUUCUGGCUUUUGUUGACAUGUUUGCCAGGCCCUCCAUGGGGCUGCUGGCCAACUCGCGCUGGGUCCGGCCCAGGAUACAAUAUUUCUUCAGUUUUGCAGUCCUCUACAAUGGGGUCUGCCACAUCCUCUGCCCACUGGUGGAAGACUACACCGGUUUGGUCGUGUAUGCCAUGUUCUUCGGCUUUGCCUUUGGCAUGGUCAGCUCAGUGCUCUUUGAAACACUGAUGGACCUGGUUGGGCCGCAAAGGUUCUCCAGUGCUGUUGGACUCACCACCAUUGUGGAGUGCUGCCCAGUUCUCAUUGGUCCACCCCUAGCAGGUAAACUGGUCGAUGUCACAAAAAGCUACAAGUACAUGUAUUUUUGCUGUGGAGCUGUUGUGAUUUUGGCCAGUAUUUGGCUCUUCAUUGGAAACUUCAUCAACUACCGACUCUUGGAGCGUGAGCGCAAGAAGGCAGAGAUGUACAAACGGACUGAGACAGAAGAUCCAGACCAAGUUCAGAAUCAGAAGGAGGCUGAUGGUGAAGCUCGGGCAUCAGAGGAGCAGGGUGACAAGGGUGAAAAAGGUGAAAAGGGUGAAGAGGCUAUGCAGCGGGAAACCAACAUAUAGAACCUUAUGUUCUGUCAACAACUCACCCUCCACCACGAUCAAACAGACCGUCAAUCCAAGAGGUGCCUCCCGGUCCACAAGGCUGUAUUUGGGGUCCUCUACACUUGUUUAAAACUAACUGCCAAAGCAACAGCUGUGUUGUAGGAGGCUAUGAGGUGUAAUAUCUGUUUGUCAAAGAGCAUCAGCUGUGACUAUAACAGAAAUAUUAACCACAGAGAAAAGUGUCAAAAAGAAAAGAUACUAAUAUGCAUGUGAGGUGACUAAAAGUCAGAAAAUGGAGUGGAAAACAGUGUCGUACUAAAUGUAUUUUCUUUUUGUGCAACGUUCACCUCAUAUCGGAUUUACUGUUAAUACAAGACUGCAACCAGGGGGGAAAGUACAUUCACAGUCACAGUACACAGUCAUAGGAGACACCUAGUGGCAGUUACAAUCAUGAUGUAGAAUUGCAGUGUCCGUAAGAACUCUAAAGUUGGGUAAACUGAGAGCUAACAAAACACACAUGUUGAAAAAACACAGAUGUUGGUAGAUAAUUGGACAAAAUAGUUACAGUAACAGUCAGACAAUCAACUCUGCUUGAGAAAAGUAUUAUCCGCUACAGUUUAAUGGAUGAUUUCAGUUAUUUGUCCCAAGAAGUUCAAAUAUUACUAGCUGUAGCAACAAGCAUCAUUAACCCCGGGAUUCCACUGGAUGCGUAACGACUCCGAAAGGGGUCCGUCCGCAACGGCUGCGUAUCUCCGCAGUCCGUCAACACACACCGGAUCCGUCUGUGUCGGAGCUGUUGCGGACAGCAUAGUCCCAUGGACGCACGAGAUCUCGCGAAUUCACGCCUAUUCAAUUGAUAUAACUGGAAGAUAAUCAACAUCUCCUCCGUAAUGACUGGAGAUAAAUCCAGCGACUCCGUCUUAACAAGCAUUAACGAGGUCGGCCGGCUUGUUAACAAGAGCCUCUUGUUAACAAGCCUUAGCGAUCUCUGUUUGUUUACAACAAGCACCGGAGUGAAAAGACGAGUGAAAACCUCCUAACCUGUUGAUUUCAGGUCUUCAAGUUAUGAAGUACGAUCCUCCGUGAACCCGAGGUAUUUUAUUUUGAAAAUAUACCGGAUGUUUUAUUUUGUGUCUGUGCACGACUUCCUGUCCCGAACGAUCUGUUCUGUGCUGAAUUUAUGCGCCGUGCUCCUUCGUCCGACAAAAAUAGAAGCUCUGCGCAAGUUUGGCGAGGGCUGUCGGAUGGCCAUGCGUCGUCGGACUCAUUACGCAGCGGAUCUGCAGUCGGUGGAAUCUCACACAUUGAUUAUAAUGGGUGCGUAACGGCUCCGACGACGGAUCUGCAGCCGUUACGCAUCCAGUGGAAUCCAGGGGUCAGUCUUUCCUUACUGUGUCUUCCGAUAUGAUGUGAAUGCAGCAUCAGCGUGUCGCCACUGUUCCAAAAGCACCAGCAAACUGAAUUCAUGUUCAAAAUGAAAUGUCUUCUUCAUAACACACUUAAGUCUUGGUAAACAAGGAAAAGGUAACUCAACAAGAGGAAGGAGUAAACAAAUGUCUUGGUGGUUUCAAGGACUGAAUGGUCUUAGAGGCCAUUGCUAACAACACCCAGUGUCCCUUCGUGAUGAAGUUUUGAGCAACACUGCUCCCUAACGGUGCCUUCACGCCGCAAGUAACUCAGUUUAUGUGCAAUUUUGACAAAUUGUGGAGGAUUAGAGGUUCUGAAUGUACCAACUGUACAGUCAGAUCAGAUGUGCUUCAGGCUAAAGCGCUAAUGAGCUAGAAUAGAAAAGUAAAUAUAUAACAUAUAAUAUAACAAUUAUAUAUAUAUAUAUAUAUAUUUAUAUAUAUUUCAAGCAUCAGUCUUGCCUCUUCUAGUAGUGUUCACAUCAAAUGUGGACAACUGCUUUGAAAGGCUAGAAUACACUACUAUUUUAAGCUAAUAUCGGUACUAUUUUAAGCUAAUAUCGGUAGGUAAUAAAAGACGAGCUGAAAUCUGGUUUUAUGGUGGCAGCUGUUGAGUCUAAAAAAUGUUUAAUUUUCCUUGUUUGGUCAGCUCUGUAGGCAGAAAAAAACACCUCCCAAUGACAACAAUGUUGAUUGUGUUCCUUGCAGUGUGAAUGCAGCGCUAGCAAUGCCAUUGGUUGAUCAGCAUCGUCAAAUGUGUCAAGCAAAACUCCAAAUCCUAAUUGCACUGUGUUUAAAAUGGCAAUCAGGUGCCAUAACAUUCCAACUCCCAUAAAUAAAGAACAGAUGUGUUCACAGCUGGUGACGCUGGUGCCCGUGUAUUACGCCGCCCGUGUGAGCACUGUAACGCCGUGCAGUAAAACCUGCACAAAUGUCCCACUUUAAUACUUUCGAUCAAGUCAUAAAAAGCUUCCUGUGAGUCGCCCAGUGUUCCUUAUUGCACUCAUAUACAGUAUGCUGCACUGAAAGAGAAAUGGCCAUACUUCACUCCAAACAUCUUUAUAAAACUGCUGCAAUUCAAUUAAUUUAAUUAUGGUUGAAUGUAAUUUCCUCUGUGGGCCUUAACACGGUAUUAAUGACCAAAAACCAUCCGCGUAAUAGUGUUUUUUCUACACAUAGAGCCCAUGAGCAAUAUAAUUUCUCAUUUUGAAAUGCAGAUAUACAGGGAAAUGUAUUUCUUGUGGUCAGGGUGACAGUCCAUUCUGUGAUACAUUGCCUUACAUGUAAUGUAAAGAAAGCCAGGGAGUUGUACAGAGAACACUUGGAAGUAUUAUACAAAGCUGAUAAACCUUUGUUUUAAAUGUGACCCACUUUUUUUUAGCUGUUAUUAACUUUAACACAAAAGUGUCGUCUGCUCCAUUUGUCUCCUAACAUGUCUGUAUAAAUGUUAAGAAAAUAAUAAUAAUAACUAAUACACUAACAUCCACAGCAGUAUGUUAAAACAUUUGAAGGAAAACUACUGAUGCUACUAAUUCAUGAAUGAAGUAUUGCAGUAUUUUCAAUCGUAUUGUGCGCAAACUGAUGAACAUAUCAUGUAACAUUUUAACUGUUGCUAUGAAUGUCAAUAUUGUUCAAUAUUCUAUCCAUUCCAUGUGUUUCGUAAAUGUCAUCCUGCUGUGCUGUCGAUCAUCAAAGCUUUGGUCUCAAUGGCCGACCAAAUGGUGUCCUGUCUCAGAUGUCCUAACAAAGCCAAACACAUUUUAAUAACAAAUGUUAUUUUUCAAAGCAAUCAUGAACAAAGAAGCAACGUCCUUGUAGGUUGUUUUUUUCAUGCUUUGAAUAGUUGAAUGUGUAUUCAGGAUCAUGAAAAUGGAUGUCCAUCUGUGUGGCAACCAUCUUCACCUGAGACUCCUUAAAACCAAACGCUACGUUAAUGUGAAUUUCUCCGGUUUAUGGUGAAAUUAGAGGAAUCAGCUGUUGUUGUGUUUGGUUGGGUGAAUUCUGAGGGUAUAAGAGGAACGUUGUUGGGAAAAUCUGCCAUGAUAUUUACUGUAAAUAAGAUAAUUUUGCACACUUCUGUUCUCAGUUUAACAGAACACUUGACUUCUUUGAGCUUGCUUUUGUAGCCAGAUGUGGUCUCACUUAUAUUUCCAUUUAUUUUUAAAUGAGAUACUCCUGGUUUUGACUGCAGCGCCAGCAACAUGUGGACAAACCCAGUUUGUCAUUUCUUAAAGGAACAGUUCAAUCCCAAAUUAAAAAAGCAUAUUUUUCCUCUCACUUGUAGCACUAUUUAUUUAUUUAAAUUAUUUUGGGAUGAGUUGGAGAGCCUUCUUUCAAAUAUAAUAAAAUCACUUCAAUCUUUUUUUUUUCCUAGUAUAGAUACAAAAUAUGUAUCUUAUUUUGGGGUGAACUGUCCCUUUAACACACACCUUAUUCGUGAAGAGUUUGUUUAUUAGCUUAGCUAGCAGACUCCCAUAAUCCACUUAGUUCACCAGCAUUUCAUGCCGAUGUUAGACAGUAUUUUUGUAGUUCUGUAUCUGUACCUUCCUUCUAGCUUUAGUUAAUGAAUAACAUGAAUCCCUUCUGAAUGUUAACCUAUCCUGCUUGCACUUAAUUAGUGGAAAGAGGGAUUCAUUAACUGAAAUCAGACGUCACUAUGCUCAUUGUACAUGAUGACUCUCGAUGAGGGAGACAGACUGCUGUACAAUCACUUUCUAGCAAAAAACACUGCCCCCUGCUGGUUUCAAACCACCUAGACCAAAAGGUAAAGCAAGCCAAGCUUCCCUUUAACACAACACCUUACACAUUUCCAUACACUUAUUUUUGUAAUGUCCAAACAAGGAUUCAGUUUCAUGGAUAAUGGAAGUGCAUCUGUACUUUUUUUAAUUUUCUUUUUUGGUGGGGGUAUUUGAUGUGUGAAUAUACUUUCAGAGUUAAAAUGUGUCUAAAUGGAACAAAACACAACCUCGGUGUAAUUAUGGCUUGAUGGAACUAAGGAGAAUGCCAUUAAAUUUCAAUUAAAUAUUUUUUUCCCUAUCUAUUUAGAGUUUAUGAAUUAUAUUUCCAUUUUUUUUCUCUUGAAUCAGUAAUAUCUUACCUUAACAUGAAUCAUGAUCCGCAAUACAAUUAUUUUUUUUUUUACAUUUUUUCAAACUUUUCUUUAACAGCUGUUUUCUUGUGACAUAUUUGUAACAGUAGUUGAAUCCCUUGAGACCUUUAAAAUGUAUAUUUAAAAAAAAUGAAAUCAAAGAAAAGAAAAAUCAAGUAAAAAGUGCUCACAAGAUUAUGUUUAAUUUUAGGAAUAUAUGAGCCAAAAGUGAAGGGAAAAGUGUCUAACAUUGCUUUUUCUUAACAGCAUUCUUGAAGUUUUAUGGUAUUCUCUUUACUGUACUUUUUUAUUCAAAUGUAAGCAAUACAUUUCGGUGUUUUUUUUUUUUUUGUUCAUGUUUAUUAUAAGAACAAAAGGAAAUAAGUUAUGAUUUAAUUUAAAUAGAGAUGAUUGAUUGAAUUUGACAUGCACCAAUAGCCUUAUUAAUUAUAUUGCAUAGCAUCUUGUAUAUUUUGUGUUCCUAUAUUUUUAUGUAUAUGUAGAAACAGAGGUUUAUUUUGAGGUUUGCUUAAGACCAAAUUUAGUAAAGAGGUUAAAUAGAAAUCGAUGUGAAAUACUUUCACUCCAGAUUAUUUCUGUACGCACACAUAAGUGUUGUUUAACAAAGGAAACUUUAAGUGUUCACUUUAGGAAAUGCUCUGGCUGAAAACUGUUUUAUUAAUGACUGUAUAGGGUUUUUUUUUUCUCCUGAUGUGUGGAAGCAAUAUGCAGAAUGUAAAGGCUUUAAAGAUUGUAUAGACUAGAAGAGAUCUCACUUCCUGUUGGAUUAUAUGAAGUUGUCUGUUUAUCUGAUAGAAAUGACAGCAGAUUGGAGUUUGAACAUUCAUGUGGCUUCAAUCAUGAGGCAGAAAUGUUAUAAUUCCAGGGCAGCCUCAAAGAAACAUCUGUCCUCCACUCAAAAGCAUUCACACAGGUCAUUUGUACAAGCGGAUUAUUACAACCUCUAGUGUCUGUAGCAAGACACAAGCAAAGCAGGAACUCAGGUGACGUGGUAUAAAGAGCAACAAAGUCCAAGUUGGGAGAAGGUUUGGGUAGAUGGACAUGUGAAACAAACGGUGUUAAAUAGGGACCUAUUGGUGUAACGUGAAUUUAAAGUAAGUACAUAACUUACAGGUACAUCUAAAAAAAUUAGAAUAUUGUGAAAAAGUUAAAUAUUUUUUGUCUAUUUCAGAAAGUGAAACUUGUAUGUCAUAUAGAUUCUUUACACAUAGAGUGAAAUAUUUCAAGCCUGUAUUUCUUGUAAUUUUGAUGAUUCUGGCUUACAGAUAAUGAAAACACAAAACUCAGUGUCUCAGAAAAUUAGAAUAUUACAUAAGAUCAAUAAAGAAUAGGGAUAUUUUAAACACAAAUGUCAUGCUCCUGAAAAGUAUGUUCAUUUCUAUACACUCAAUUCUUGGGUGGGCUCCUUUUGCAUGAAUUACUGCAUUAAUACGGCGUGGCAUGGAGGUGAUCAGCCUACAGCACCAUGUUGCUGUGAUAUCGUCCUUCAGGUCAUCUGUGUCUGGUGUCUCUCACCUUCCUCUUGACAACAGCCCUUAAGCCGUGUUUCCUUUAGGGGGAAGAGUGGCCACCAGGAAAGUCUCAGGCCACGCCCUCUCAAAAGUCCGCUCACUCUGUGGGUCUCCAUUACAAAAAGGCCCCCAGAGGGAUUUAGAGAUUCUGGAGGUGACGUAUGGUUUACGACCGUUGUGUAGUUGCUUAGCGACCGUUUCGACCGUGACGUCACAUACGCCACGGAUUAAACACGGGAGAUGCAACUGUCGUCGCCAUCGCUAACUGUGCACAACGUCAGCAACUGAUCAUAAACAAACCAGCAUGGCUAAUUAUGCUCAGUGUCUCCACUGAUCAUAAACAUAGUGAUCGUGAAUUAACCGGCAUUGCUAACUGUGCUUGUUUUAAACAAACAGAUCGCUAAGUGAACACCUCCUGCAGCAGCAGCACAUACACACUGUACUGCUACAGAGCUAACUGUUAACCUAUUAGCAAUUUGCAGACUGGGCGCUAAGGGGUUAACAUCCCCUCCGGCUCUGCAGCUGGGAGAGACUGCUGUAGGAGGACCAUGCUACUUCGACUCACUCUUCUUAACGAGCGGCGGAGGUCGGUAAGAAUAAGAGUGAGUCUCCAGUAACACUAGAAAAAGUCGCUGGAUUUGUCGCCAGUCGCUUUCUUGAAAAAUGGUCGCUAAGAUGGCAACAGUGCUUUGCCGGCUUUUACAAAUGGUGUGUGUUGUUGUGGCGUUGAGUACUACCUCACAUCCUGCUUUGCGAUCUAUCCAAUCAGUAACCAAAAAAAAGGCCUUCCUCUUGGAAAGGGACUAAAAAAGUCCCGACAAAAGGAAAACAAGGCUUGAAAUAUUUCUCUCUACGCGUAAUGAAUCCAUAUACUGUAUGAGUUUCACUUUCUGAAAUUAAUGACAAAAAAUAUUGAACUUUUUCAUGAUAUUCUAGUUUUUUGAGAUGUACCUGUACUUGUGUAUGGAAGUUGAGUAAUGUAACAAAUAUACUAACUAUGAUGUGUUCCUAAACCUAACCACACUGCAGCUGUUUCACAACUUCAACCAUGUGUGUCAAAAUGUUACUUUUAGGUACGAGGACACCAGGACCAAACCCCCAAUUUGUCAUAGUGGCUAACUUGCAGGUCCAUUAUUAGAGUCAGUCAGAUUUUCCUUUAUUGUCAUUGCACGAGUAACAAGUACUAGGACAAUGAAAUUAGCCAUCAACCCCUCCAAACGUAUACUUAAAACACACAUACAAUAUGUUGUGCCAUGGGGCCCAAAAAUACUUUUUCACAUUGACUUUCAUUGUGAAAAGAUAUCUAUAAAUCAGUAGGUUCAUUUCAGUGUCACAGCCCUGCAAAAUGACUUGUUUCACUCUUAAAAUUUGAUCAGUUCGGUCCGAUAACAUUUGGAAAAUCUAGAAAAGGGCAUAUGGCCAUAUAUGCGGGUUAGAUCAAAUGACCUGUGUGGCUGUAUGAGUUGGACGACUUGUUUCUGUAACCAUUGGAAUAUGUGUGGUGUCUUUUCACUAUGUGUUCUGAAUGUCUAUGUUGUUUUGACUCUGUAUUAUGUCUUCUGAACCUGAAUGUAUUUUUCUCAUUUGGGAUUUUCACAUUCAAAACUCCAUUUGGAAAACCCUUAAUUUUUAAAGAAGCAAAUCUCUGCCCCCGAAACCAAUGGGAUCAUUUCUGCCUCCUAAGUGUUUUAUAACUUAACAAAAUUCCAAUCUGCAGAAGUAAACCUUGCAACGUCUUGAACAAACUUGCAUAUAUUUGUGGUAAUGUGGUAAGAAGAUCAGCAUGUGUUGGUGUUGAUUGUAUACAAGGUGGUUUGCUACUGGGAGGCUGAAGGACUGCUGAUAACAUCUCUGUGCCUUAUUGUGCUAUACUGGCCAUUAUAUACAGCUUUUUGUGAAUACAGUAAAAUGUGUUGUGUCGCUAGAACUGUGACAUUUAGGUCUCAGUCUGUCCUUCCUACUGAUUGUUUACUGUCAUUCAUUUUAUAUACAUAAUCAUGUGUAAGCCACUCACCCAAAACACACUCCUUUUUGUGUUUACAUCAUAUUAACACACAAUCAAAUAAGCUGUAACACCAGAUAUAGUCUAAAUAUUUUAAAACCUUUCUUUGACAAUAUUUGCUAUAUAUUGUGUUUUUGGGAUGCAAGUAUUUCUAUGUAUGAACACAUUAGAGGACAGCUGUGUUCACAUGUUUGGACCUCAGUGCUGUAGUUAGUCUCAGCAGUGAACUCAGUCCAUGACGUCCUUCCAGUAGCAGAGUACUGUGUGCUUUCUCAUCAGGGCAAUCAUAACGUAUGGCAUUAAAGCGUUUCUGAGAUUGUGUCAGUCUUUCCACUACCUCUGCAGCCGUCAUGUCAGAGUGAGGAAAAGAACCACACGGGUAAUGAAAACUGAUUUCUGUUUUUGUAAUUCUAAUAGAUCACCAAUCACUGUAGCUGAAUAAAUAAAGUAUCUAUCCAAAUAA